GGCACUGAGGUUAAAAUCUGAUGAUGUCAAUGCUGUUGGACGGCUUCCUCUUCUGAAUGACUCUUACUAUCCGGAUACUCUCUGUGAGAUUGGAGGAAUGUUUGCUAUUGCAAAUAAGAUUGAUAACAUUCAUAAGAGACCUUGGAUUGGGUUUCAAUCAUGGCGGGCUUCUGGAAGAAAGGUUUCCUUAUUCCCAAAAGCUGAAAAUGUCUUGGAAGACACUAUAAGGGACAACACUAAAGGAGACGUUAUAUACUUCUGGGCACACUUGCAAGUGAAUCGUGGAAUCUUGGGGGGCAGUAAUGCUCCCACUUUCUGGUCAGUGUGUGAUAUCUUGAACGGUGGUCUUUGCAGAACCGCCUUUGAGACCACCUUUCGUGAGAUGUUUGGAUUGUCGUCAAAUAUGGAAGCGCUUCCCCCUAUGCCAGAUGAUGGUGGUCGCUGGUCUGCCCUCCAUAGUUGGGUGAUGCCAACCCCUUCCUUUCUGGAGUUCAUAAUGUUUUCCAGGAUGUUCACCCACUACCUUGAUGCUGUGAAUAGAAAUCAAAGUCAACCAUAUGGAUGUUUGGUUGCUUCCUCUGAGCUUGAGAAAAAACACUGUUACUGUCGGAUACUGGAAAUCCUGGUCAAUGUCUGGGCGUACCACAGUGGACGGAGGAUGGUUUAUAUCGAUCCUCACUCGGGUUUCCUCGAAGAGCAGCAUCCAGUUGAACAACGCAGGGAAUUUAUGUGGGCAAAAUAUUUUAACUCCACGUUAUUGAAGAGUAUGGAUGAAGAUUUAGCAGAAGCUGCAGAUGACGAAGGUGGUUCAAAUCAAAUGGGGUUGUGGCCAUUAACAGGGGAAGUUCAUUGGCAAGGGAUAUAUGAGAGAGAGAGAGAAGAAAGGUAUAGAGUGAAGAUGGACAAGAAGAGAACCACAAAAGUAAAACUAAUGGAGAGGAUGAAAUUUGGAUACAAGCAAAAAUCACUUGCAGGAUGAGAAGCUGGAAUUCUGAACCUUAUUUAGCCAGCUAAUUCUGAAAGCUUCCGACUGCUGACUUGGCUAGAAGAGAUUGAAAGAGAGCUUCCCUACGUCGAAAAUGAAUCAAACCAGUUUUUCGUUACAUACGGUACGUUAAGGAAUCUGAGUUCUUUCUCAAUUAUACUUACUCUACAGAGCAUUUCUAGGCAACAAAACUGAAGAAAAGCAAAGCUGAAAUUGCAGCUCGGUUAUUGGAGGCAUAUAUUACCAGAGAACACCAGGUUAUUUUGGGAGAGGUACUCUAAAUAUUCUUUAAAAUUCUUUCUUCUAUAUUCCACUUACCUCAUAUAUAGCAACAAGACAUAAGGGAAAUUCCUUUUACUUCUGUACAACCAAAAUAGCAAUUAUUGAGGCAAUUUUGGUCAUUCAUGAUAGUUGAUGGUUUCCACUUUCAGAUAAUUGUUUUCUUCUCUUUGCUUUUAGUUCUGUCUUUUCUCCUUUGCCAACAACUAUGGUAUGGAAAUCUGCAAACUUUGUUCA